AUGGGGGCCAGUCCAUCAGGCUUGAGUGAGAGCCAGCUAAAGAGGGUGGCUGGAGAGAGAGAGAUAGAGGGAGCAGUACAGGUCCACUUCACACAAGAAGAGAGAGGUGAUGUGGCCUUAAGAGACAAUGCAGCAGACCGAAUUCGUUCCAAGUAUCCUGACAGAGAACCAGGGGAGGUUUUGAGGCUAGCUAGUAGCCUCAGUAAAAGCAGUUCCCUUCAAGAAGCUUUCUUCAGUGGCAUGAGUGAUGCCUCUACAGAGGAUCUCCCUCUAGCUAUCACCUGGAGAGACAUUGGCAGCCCUGAGACAAGAAAGACACUUCAGCAAGCCUUUGACAAGUUUGCACCUCAGUUCCAGUAUGGCUCAUACUGUGCCACCAUCAAGAUCGGAAGUAUGUACCUGACAUGGGACAAUAGUGAGCUCGUCAUUCCAGAAACUGAUAUAAACCCCAUCUUUGAAGACACACCCACACGUGAAGUAGCUGAGGUAGUGACGCCCACUUCACUCUCACCUGAAGACGUGCAGAUAUCGACAGUGUUCAAGGAAGAUCUUGUAGUGGACAUGAGGCAGAACAAGACCGAGAGAAUCGGGGCUCUCCUGGAUGUCCUGGUGCGCUACAACACAAAGUAUCACUUUGGCCUCCUCACCUGCAACUGCCAACAUUUCGUCGGCGACAUCUUAGAAGCGCUGGGGGCAAAAGAGAACGUUCGUUGUUUCGAAGACUGUCUCUCUCACCACCGCCACGUCCUGGAGUACCGAGGAGUGGACGUGGUAAAGGAGGAGUUCAACACACACCAGGAACUAGAUACCAUACGUGAACAUCAGACUGGAGAACAUGGAUGCAGGGGAGCUCUAUUUCUGCUAUGGCCACUACCUACUGUCCAUGCAUGGUUCAAGAGUGUCCACAUUGUCGGCUUUCAAAAUGUCCCACGAUCAGUUGUCGUUUUAGGGAGCUCACAUACGGGUUAG